AUAUCAUUUAAAAAAAAACCUUAAAAAAAAAAAGAGAAAAAAAAAAAGAGAAGAGAAAACAACCAUGCCUUGCACUCCUCCAAAGUCUCCAACCCAACAUCACCGGAUCGCCAACACCACCACUCCGGCCACCAAACCCUCCGACCAGAAAGUACCGGACUCCAUCGCUCGCCACCACGACCUCACCGCCGGCCCCGGCCAGUGCUGCUCCACCGUCGUCCAAACCAUCAUGGCUCCGGUCACCACCGUCUGGUCCAUCGUCCGCCGCUUCGACAAUCCUCAAGCUUACAAACACUUCAUCAAGAGCUGCAACGUCGUCGACGGCACCGGUGACGUCGGCACUCUCCGGGAAGUUCAACUCGUCUCCGGCAUACCGGCGGCGACAAGCACCGAAAGGUUAGAGAUCUUGGACGACGAGAAGCACGUGUUGAGUUUCAGAGUGGUUGGUGGGGAACACCGGCUGAUGAACUACAGGUCGGUGACGACGUUGCACGCCGGAGAAGGGACGACGGCGGGAGGGACGGUGGUGGUGGAGUCGUACGUUGUGGACGUGCCGGCGGGGAACACGCCGGAGGAUACACUGGCGUUUGCUGAUACUAUUGUGAAGGUUAACUUGCAAUCACUUGGCCGGACGGUGGAGAGUCUUGUGAAGGAACCGGCGAUGUCGGUGCCGGCGUGAUUAGUUCUAUGUUUGAUGUCUCCAACGCCGCCGGUGGAGAGUGUGUGUA